CUCACGUCCCUUGCCAGCUAGUCGAAGCUCCUAUCUCAUUUACUCGCUCAACCUUGCGAGAAUCACUACAUCCGAAAGCGCCUCCUCCAAAGGGACUCAUCGGAGCAUCCCCAUCUUGAGAAGCGGCAGACUCUGUCGGAGAGAAAGGCACACGUACAUGAGUGAUCCAUGCAACACUGCCUGCCCCAGGCAGCACCUACGUACCGCAAUCCACGUUUAUGUUCCAGGGGCCAACUACGGUGCUUACUCGGUUCGGCACCGUCGCCAUCCGCUGCGAAGCGAACCGAGUACGUCGGCCUGCAAACAAGCAGAUGAAGCGCGACAUGUACAGAGAUAUGUAUAUGUUUGCGUCUGCACACUGGCAGCUUACUGGACUGGAGUUCUGCUGGGAGCGGAACAAGUGCGGUCUCGGCUGAACCUACGCACACACACAUACACACACAGACCCUGUAAGGCUCGCGUGAUCACGCUCCGCUGGGACUCUGCCAACUCGAUUCCCACAUCUCCGUCGUCAUUGCGGAAGACCCUCCAGUACAGCCUUCUCAGUGGCCUCAGAAGAUGACGCGUCCACAUCGUCCCUGUCGUCAAAGCCACCCUUGCGGACAGGCACGUGGACAGGCAAUGAGCAGCGCUGACAGAUGCCACAACAUUGCGAGGCGCCACUGGGAGUAAACUGACGCAAAGAGCUUUGCGCAAGAAGCUUUGCGAAGGGCAUCUU